AACCACGACGGCGGCGGCGGCGCCACCAACAGCACGCUGAGCUCGCGCCACGGCGGCCGCGGCUCCGUCAAGGUGCAGGUCAAGCCCUUCACCAAGGAGUCGCUGGACCGGCUCGAGAGCAAGACGGUGCAGCUUGUGCGCGACUACGGAUUCCAGCCGCGCCGCAAGCUGUCCGUCGAGGACGGCUCGGUGCUGCCGGGCAAGUUCGAGCCCUUCCCCUCCGAGCUGUACGGACGGCCGCUCGAGGAGAUCGACAACUUCAUCUAUGACGAGACGUUCUGCGUCGUGUCCAAGCGCUUCCGAAAGAACUACAUCCACCGGUUCACCGCCACCAGCUCCUUCUUCGUGUUCUCGCCCUGGAACCGGGUCCGCCGCGUCUGCAUCUGGCUGUCCACGAACCAGCUCUUCGACUACGUCGUCAUGGCCACCAUCCUGCUCAACUGCGUGUUCCUCGCCAUGACUGAGCCAAUGGAGCAGGCAGAGUUCGUCUUUUUGGCCAUCUACACGGCGGAGAUGAUCAUCAAGUCGGUGGCCAAGGGCUUCAUCCUCAACAAGUACACGUACCUGCGCAACCCUUGGAACUGGCUCGACUUCGUGGUCAUCACGUCGGGCUACGCCACCAUCGGCAUGGAGGUGGGCAACCUGGCCGGCCUCCGCACCUUCCGCGUGCUGCGCGCCCUCAAGACUGUCUCCAUCAUGCCGGGGCUGAAGACCAUCAUCAACGCGUUGCUGCACUCCUUCAAGCAGCUGGCCGAGGUCAUGACCCUCACCAUCUUCUGCCUGAUGGUGUUCGCGCUCUUCGCGCUGCAGGUCUACAUGGGGGAGCUGAGGAACAAGUGCGUGCGCAACAUGGUCACGGAGAACAUCACGCACGCCGAGUGGCGAGACUGGGUCUGGGACGAGGAGAACUGGAUGCGGAACGACAACGACGACCCGAUCCUGUGCGGCAACGUCACCGGCGCCAGACACUGCCCGACGGGGUUCACCUGCCUGGGCGUGGGGCCAAACCCGAACCACGGCUUCACCAACUUCGACAACUUCCUGUGGUCCAUGCUGACCACGUUCCAACUCAUCACGCUCGACUACUGGGAGAACGUGUACAACAUGGUGCUGGCCUCGUGCGGGCCUAUCUCGGUCUCCUUCUUCACCGUCGUCGUCUUCUUCGGCUCCUUCUACCUCAUCAACCUGAUGCUGGCCGUCGUCGCGCUCAGCUACGAGGAGGAGGCCGAGAUCACGCAGGAGGAGCGGCGCAAGGACCUGACGGACCACCGCGACGACUCCACCUUCAGCUUCGACCCCUCGCGCAUCCCCAUCAAGACGCUGGAGAAGGGCAAGGAGGCGCGCAAGAAGAUCGACUCGCGCAAGGGGGUGCUGCUGGCCAGCUACUCCCGCAAGAAGUCGCGCCGCCGGAAGAAGACGCGCUCUUCUGGAGGCCGCGGGGGCAACGGCAGUGCCCACCACCCGCCGCCGCACCCGCUGCCGCCGCACCUGCAGCCCGACAUGCUGCACCCCUACAACGCCCUCGGAGGACGCAGCAUGCUGGGCAGCCGGCAGGGCAGCUCCAACAACAGCGAGGGCAACAACCGUGAGUCUUCCCUGGACGACAGCGGCGUCGUGGACGACCACGAAGACCACGAAGACGGCGACCUCACCUCCGAGGACGUCGCCCCCAGCGUGGUCCACGUGUGCGCGCCGCGACCGGAGCUGGUGACGGUGAGCGCGCCGCCUCAGACGACGACGCUGAGGACCAAGGACAACAAGGAGAUGAAGGUCCUCAAGUGCAACGGCGUGAGCCCCAACCUGAACAAGCGCCUGGCGUACAACCUGCCGCAGGACUACCUGUCGCAUGUCGUCGUCCUGGACAACGUGGUGGACCGCAACUGCACGGGGUGCACGCGCUGCUGCGUGGACUACGGCGGCUGGCUGCACUUCCAGCACGGCCUCCACAAGGUGGUGCGGGACCCGCUGUUCGAGCUGCUCAUCACGCUGUGCAUCGUCAUCAACACCGCCUUCCUGGCCACCGAGCACCACGGCAUGUCCGACACCAUUCGGAACGCCCUGGACGUCGGCAACAAGGUCUUCACGUCCAUCUUCUGCUUGGAGUGCGUGCUGAAGCUGCUGGCCCUCAGCAAGGAGUACUUCGCGUGCGGCUGGAACAUCUUCGACCUGCUCAUCGUGUCCGCGUCCCUGCUCGACCUGUCCUUCGAGCUGGUGGGCGGGCUCUCCGUCCUGCGGGGCCUGCGACUGCUCCGCGUGCUCAAGCUGGCGCAGUCCUGGACCACCAUGAAGGUGCUGCUGAGCAUCAUCAUCUCCACGAUCGGCGCGCUGGGAAACUUGACGUUCGUGCUCGUCAUCGUCAUCUACAUCUUCGCCGUGAUCGGCAUGCAGCUUUUCUCCAAGGACUACACCGCCGAGAAGUUCGAGCCGGACCCCAUUCCGCGCUGGAACUUCUCCGACUUCUUCCACUCCUUCAUGAUGAUCUUCCGCAUCCUGUGCGGAGAGUGGAUCGAGCCGCUGUGGGACUGCAUGCGAGCCGAGCAGAACGAGGGCUACGGCACGUGCUUCCUCAUCUUCCUGCCCGCCCUGGUCAUGGGCAACUUCAUGGUGCUCAACCUCUUCUUGGCGUUGCUGCUCAACAGCUUCAACUCGGAGGAGCUGAAAUCCAAGAAGGAGGAAGUGGGCGAGGAGUCGAAACUGGCGCGCAGCUUCGACCGCAUUCGGUCCAUCGUGCGCAAGACGCGGGUGCAGGCACCCCAGGAGCGCACGGACAACGAGCAGAACAUGCGGCUGGAGGAGGUGGUGCGCGCCAUGACCAAGUACAAGCCCAACGUCAACGAGACGGCCUUGGUGGAGGGCCCUCAGAUGAUCGAGGCGCCGGCGGUGGAGUUCGACAAGGAGGACGUGGGGCAGCUCGGCCCGGACGACGUGGUGCAGCUGCGGCACCGCUACUCCAUCGAGGUGCGGCCCGAGGACCUGCAGCAGCAGAAGCAGCAGCAGCAGCGGCAGGCCGCGCGCCUGUCCGCACGCCUCUCCGCGCGCCUGUCCGCCUCCAUCAAGGACGGCGAGCUGCAGCAGGAGUCGGAGGACAGCACGGCGCCCAUGCUCCGCCAGGAGGCCACCGACGACCCCGUCAUCCCCACGCCGUCACCGACGCCGUCGCUCAGGCCCGCCGCGCCAACGUCGGAGCGCGCCGUCAACUGGCGCAUUCGCCGGUCGUGGCCCCUGAGGGAGUCCUUCGAGUCCACGCCGGAGGAGCAGGCCGACGCCGCGGCGGCGCGGAGGUACUCGCUGGCCAACACGCAAGGCGAGAGCAAAGACGAGUCCACCCAGGAGUGCCGCAGCGAGGCGGAGACGGCCAUCUCGGGGACGGGGGUGUCUGUCGGCGGCACGGGGGUGGCGGCCGCGGUGCGCGCCGUGCCGGUGGCCAGCACCAAGCGCAACAAGCCCUGGCUCACCCUCGUCUCGUACGUGGACGAGCUCACCGUCGGCGGCAGAAGAGACUCCCAGGGUCGCUACGUCGACGGCCUGGGCAGGUUCCCGGGCUUCGGCAGAAACGCCAAGGACCUCACUCCACAAGACUGUUUUCCACAACAUUGCUUCCAAAGGGCGUGCAUGGAGCGGUGCAUGGCGACUCCGUGGGGUCGCCGCUGGACCGCGGUACGCACGGCCGUGCUGUCCGUCGUGGACACGCCCGUGUUCGAGUGGCUCGUGCUCGUGCUCAUCUUCGCGUCCUCCGUGACGCUGUGCUUCGAGGACAUCCACCUGGACAACAACGUGACGCUCAAGAAGGUCCUGUACUGGACCAACCUGGCUUUCUGCCUCCUGUUCACCAUCGAGAUGGUGCUCAAGUGGAUAGCCCUGGGGUUUUGGAAGUACUUCACGUCCUUCUGGACCAUCCUGGACUUUGUGAUCGUGUUCGUGUCAGUCUUCAGCCUGCUCAUCGAGGAGAACGAGAACCUCAAAGUGCUGCGGUCCCUCCGCACCCUGCGGGCACUGCGUCCUCUCAGGGCCAUCUCGCGGUGGCAGGGCAUGAGGAUUGUGGUGAACGCGUUGAUGUACGCCAUACCGUCCAUCUUCAACGUGCUGCUGGUGUGCCUCGUCUUCUGGCUCAUCUUCUCCAUCAUGGGCGUGCAGUUCUUCGGCGGCAAGUUCUACAAGUGCACGGACGAGGAGGGCGAGCUCUUGCCCAUAUCUAUUGUAAAUACUAAGAGCGAGUGCCUUGCCUUGAACUACACUUGGAAGAACUCAAAAAUCUCCUUUGACAACGUGGGCAACGCCUACCUCGCGCUCUUCCAAGUGGCCACGUUUGAGGGGUGGAUGGAGGUGAUGGCGGAUGCGGUGGACUCGCGAGGGGUGGACCUGCAGCCGUCCAGAGAGGCCAGCAUCUACGCCUACCUCUACUUCGUCAUCUUCAUCGUGUGCGGCUCAUUCUUCACCCUGAACCUGUUUAUCGGAGUCAUCAUCGACAACUUCAACAUGCUCAAGAAAAAGUACGAGGGCGGGGUCCUGGAGAUGUUUCUCACGGAGAGCCAGAAGCACUACUACACGGCCAUGAAGAAGCUGGGGCGGAAGAAGCCACAGAAGGUCAUCAAGCGACCCAUCAACCAGUUCCUGGCCAUGUUCUACGACUUGUCAAACUCUCGAAGGUUCGAGAUCGCCAUUUUCGUGCUCAUCUUCCUCAACAUGGUCACCAUGGGCAUCGAGCACUACAACCAGCCGCAUGCCGUGUUCUUCGUCCUCGAAGUCAGCAACGCGUUCUUCACCACCGUCUUCGGACUGGAGGCGCUGGUGAAGAUGAUGGGGCUGCGGCUGCACUACUUCACGGUGCCGUGGAACCUGUUUGACUUCCUGCUCGUGGUGGCCUCCAUCCUGGGCAUCCUGAUGGAGGACAUCAUGAUAGACUUCCCCGUGUCGCCCACCCUGCUGCGCGUCGUCAGGGUCUUCAGGAUCGGACGAAUCCUUCGGCUAAUCAAGGCCGCCAAAGGCAUCCGCAAGCUGCUGUUCGCGCUCGUGGUGUCGCUGCCCGCGCUCUUCAACAUCGGCGCGCUGCUGGCGCUCAUCACCUUCAUCUACGCCAUCAUCGGCAUGUCCGUGUUCGGCCACGUGAAGCAGCAGCGCGCCCUGGACGACAUGGUCAACUUCCAGACCUUCGGCCGCUCCAUGCAGCUGCUGUUCAGGCUCAUGACUUCCGCGGGCUGGAACGACGUGCUGGAGUCCCUGAUGAUCCAGCCGCCGGACUGCGACCCGCACUUCAACCACCAGCCCAACGGCGACUGCGGCUACCCGCUGCUCGCCAUCACCUACUUCACGUCCUUCAUCAUCAUCUCGUACAUGAUCGUCAUCAACAUGUACAUCGCCAUCAUCCUGGAGAACUUCAACCAGGCGCACCAGGAGGAGGAGAUCGGCAUCGUGGAGGACGACUUGGAGAUGUUCUACAUCAGAUGGUCCAAAUUCGACCCCCACGCUACGCAGUUCAUCCGGUUCUCGCAGCUGUCCGACUUCAUCGCCAGCUUGGACCCGCCGCUGGGCAUCCCCAAGCCCAACAUCGUGGCCCUGGUGUCCUUCAACCUGCCCAUCGCGCGCGGCAACAAGAUACACUGCCUGGACAUCCUGCACGCGCUCGUCAAGCACGUGCUGGGCCACGUCGAGGAGACCGAGGACUUCCGGAAGUUGCAAGACCAGAUGGACGUCAAGUUCAAGAAGCAGUUCCCGACGCGCAAGGAGCUGGAGAUCGUGUCCUCGACGCGGCUGUGGAAGCGGCAGGACAAGGCGGCCAGGCUCAUCCAGAAGACGUUCCGCGAGUGGCAGCGCUGGAAGCGCGACCAGCGGCUGCAGGAGGCCGAGGCCGUCGAGCUGGAGGACGAGCAGACGCAGACGUCGAGUCCGGGCGCGGGCGCGGGCUGGCAGGGCCGCCUGUCCGCCUUCCUGCACGUGCACCGCGGCUCCAGGGCCUCGUCGCGCAAGUCCUCGCGCGCGUCCGACGCGUCCGACCUGUCCGAGCUCGGCGGCGCGUGGCUCAACCUGCCGCUGCUGCUGGUGCAGCCCAACUUCGGCCCGGAGGACGAGGACGGCGACGCCGGCAGCGACGCGCAGGUUGACGUCAACAUCACCGUGUCGCAGCCCAGCCCGGACCCCAGCUUCUCCGCGCGCGGGCUGACGUCACCGCCGCUGGACCCGCUGUUCAGCCGCGGCGAGAGUCUGACGGAGACGGUGCUGUCGCUGUGCGGCAUCGACCCGACGUCCACGACGUCCACGGGGCGCCGCCGCUCGCCCUACCGCCAGGCCAGCGAGUCCACGGUGGUGCACGUCCUGGUGCACCGCGAGUCCGAGGAGUACGCCGCGGACGAUAAGGACAGAUGAUGCAUACAGUACCAAAGAAUUUAGGGAUUUUGAUGCAAUAAGACUAGACGAUAAUAGGCCUAAUGUAAAUAAUGUUAAAGAGAAUCGUCGGACAUUUUAUUGAACUUUAUUAUUGUUGUGCCACUUGGUGGCCGAGUGUGUUAAAUAUGUAAAGCUGUCAUUCUAAGUAAUAAUUAUGGUAAGAAGAAGUUUGUAAACUACUUUUUAUCGCAUUCCGUAAGUAAGCAUAGCGGGUAGGUUUCCGUUAUUUUUUUACGCCGUUCACCCUUUUUGUGAUGUGACGGGUGGGGACAGCUCCAACUGCCCCAAGACCUACGCGUGGAGCUGCAUUUCGGGACGCUCUGUUUCGUAGUCAUUAAGACCAAUUAAAUUUUUCGGUAUAAUGGUAAAGAUUGGUAUGCGUCUAGUCAAUUUUUAUAUCAUUCUUUCCUGUCUCAACUUCAUACAAUCAAAAGGACCUUGAUAUGCCUUAUCUUUAGAUCUUAAAUUAUCUAUAAAUAUUAGAAAUUUUUAUUGUUACUAGGUUUGUGUACAUCAAUCAUCAUUCUUUCUUAUCGUAAUAUCUUACCAAAUCACUACGAAAUGGUUCUUCGUAGGAUAGAUCUAUUUCUUUAUACUCCCGAGAAGAAUGAGACCAUAAUGCUGUUGUACCUUUUGACGACUUUUCGUAGAUGAGAAAGGGUAUUUUGUGCGCAGAGCUUGAAAAGUUCUUACUUUUGAAGAGCUUUGGGCGCACAUGCACCCCGCGGACUUCCACAAGGUCUAGGCCGGUCUAGGCUACUAGAUGCCGACAGUCUAGAAAGUCUAGCACCUUAUGUUUACACGCGUCUAUUGUACAAUAUACCGCCGCUAUCUUUACUUAUCAAAUUCUUCCUAAGCGGCGGUUUUAUUUCAGGUAAUGUAAAUAGAUUUUUUUUAAUGUGGCCUCUUGAAGGUUCUCACUCGGUGGGCGCCGGGUAAAGAGCACCUUGUAGGCGAUUAAGUGUUUUAACGUCCAAAAAUCGGAAGUUGGGUAUGAAAAGUCGUGCAUUUUGUAGCACCACAUUGCUGAAAGAUAAGUGGUAGGUCUACACCAUUGUGCGAGGUACAAUAUAAGCUGACUGCUGUUACUGGUUUUUGAAAAAAUCAAAAGUUACCUUGUAUUCUUUGUAAAUAAUUGUUACUAUCAUUAGCUUCCUCGAAGGGUUAUUCUUUUUGUCGUUAUCUGUCAUUUAGCUAGAACAAAACACAAAGUUAGUGCAUGUGUACUCUUGUCUGAGACUGAAAAAUAGAUUGUUUCUAAUUUAAGAGCUUUAAAACUUACGUCUCAAAGAAUUUUGAUUGCCUCUGUGGUGUAGAGAUAUGAGAAGGCGCAACAGAGUAUUACGGAAAAUAAUGGCAUUCCUAGAGUCAUGGGAAGUGUGGGGAGCAAGGGGAGGAAGCAAUUCAUUCAACACUCUCAUAGCGCGCGUAAAAGAUACUCAUUACUUAUCAAAACCUAAAAAAAUAAAUAUUGAAUUAUAUAAAAUAAAUGAUAAUAAAUGGUUUGGCGCGAGUGACAAAAUUGUGAUCAACGUCGACUUGACAUCGAGUUGAUACACUGUCCCGAGCUUAAGACUUUUCGGGGUCAAUUCGAUGUGAUUUCGACGUCGAACGGAUGGUUAAGUUGUAAAUGAGUGAGAUCGAGCCUCCUUGUGCUUCCCCCACGUCGACGCAUUUAGUUUAUUUCCUCUUCGACAUGCAGAGCAGAGCACUUCUAGCACUCACAAGGCCACAAUGCUGUCAGCAAUGCCAUUUGAGGAGGUCGAAACGCACAAAAUAAAAUGUACAAUAGUGCUUUGCAAUAAGUUUUCAUCCAAGCCAACGAAUGCGUAAUUAGUGUCAUUACUUCAACAUGAGAUGGUUUCAAAGAGUCAGUAGGUCCCCCUUUCAAUACGUAUUUAUCUCUUGUGUUGUACUUUCACCAAUACGCCGUUCACCCACAGCCAACAAGUCCGGUGACUUUUGGUCAAAUGCACUUGCCUUUUUAAAAAAGGAAGAUUUUUGAAGGGUUUUGCGUAAAAUUUCGGUUUACGAUCGUGAUAAUGAAAAGAGUGACGUUUCGUAAGGGGGAAAAAAUGUUUCAAUCCGUCAGGAACACCGAGUCUAAAACAAGAAAGGUCCAAAUGUAUCAGAGUAUCCACAAUGUGGAAUUUAUUUUUUACACCUCUUUAUAUGGGCGGAACAUUAUUCCUAGUCUGCCUCAAGCAACUUCAUAACCCUUUAUGCACUUUGUGAAAAAUAUUCAAAUGUUUCUGUUUUUUGUUCUUUUUGGCGCACACUUUACCUCGCUGUCGUGUAUAUGGGGUUUCCCUAGUGUCUAAAUAAUGUCAGUGGCCUUUCUUCCAAGACCAUCGUUUAAAACAAAAGUAACUCAAGACUCUCUAAACCAGCACCAAAUAACACGACCCCUGUGGCACACUCUCGACUAAAAUCUUACGCUAAACCCUUCAAAAUCUAAAUGUCCAAACUUCCCUCCUAAACUCACGCGGCCGACGCCGUUCCCCCACGGACUGCCUGGUAGAGAGGCCCAGGCCGGCCCAGGCACCCGCAUGCUAAAAGGCUUUUCGAGGGCUCAAAAUGUCAACCUCUUUAAGACUGGCAUUUUAGAAUUUCUAGUGAAACGUUGCCGAGUGCGUGGAGGCGCACGAUGCGACGACGGCUGAGAUGCAUCCGGAUGCAUCUGGGAUCCGUGCACACGAAGCCUCUAGGGCUAGAUUAGGUGAUGACUUUAGGGGUGCAGCGUUUCUACUUCUGGCCCCUACCGGUCAAGGUGCAAGGAAAAUUGUGGAGGCUCCAUCCGCACUAAAGAUAGAACCACGCUUUUCAUACUUCUUUCGCGUCGAAUUUUAGGUGAGGAGGAGUGGUAAAUGGAGUGAAUUUGCCUACUUCUUCUCAAACCGUUUUUAAAAUAAAAAGGGAACUCUAUUUAUUUCGUUUAUACAUGUUGUUUAUGUCAAGGUUUUUGUGUUUGGUUCACUUUUCCGUAGGGUACCGAACAGGUAUUGAUAUCGAAAUCAUAGUUGAGCCACCUCAUUAAACGAUGUUGUACUGUAAGUACCAUCUGGACUCUCCCAAGUCAAUUAACGUCAAUUAAUUCAUAGAAUCAGUGUUGUGAUGCGAGGCCUGCUGAGAGCGAGCUCUCGCUCGGGACUGAGCGUGUUUAAUCUAAAGUCUAGUGAAUGCGGUUAGGCGUUCCAGAGCACACUGUAUUCGCUUUUAACUUUAUCGCGGAGAAUAUUUAGAUGGGAGGCUGUCGCUCACAGCUUACGAUGCUGGUCAUAUCGCUUGGAUUCCUCACUCACAGUUCCUGUCUAGCAAAAGUUUUACCAAAAUGUGCGUCUUCCUCAGCUCAAAAUAAUCAGUUCCCGACGAGGCUGUCGUACAUUGAUUGUCAGUGCCGUGAAUAGUGUUGUUAGAUGAAGCUGUGAUCUGCGGCAGAGCCUACGCGCCCUAGCCAAACCGCGCCCAUCAAGGGACACGUUCAAAAAAAAA